CUCGGACGCUCUUAUUUAAAGAUACCUUUACGAAUAGAUGUCCUGUAGGUUACUGCAUAUAAAUUAGAUCGCUUUGUUGUCAUGGUUACCAUUUGUAAACACUGUAUAAACACUGUAUAGUGAUUAUAGUUUGAAAAUUUGUAUACCAAAUGGAUUGGGCUAACGAUCUCGAGAUUACUUCUAAGAAGUUAGUACCACGCCUAGGUAGGCGUGCAGGUCAAAACAAUUUACAGGAUGAAAAUAAAUCUGAUGAUGAUGUUCUGGAGAGUCCAAUUUCUUUGUCAUCUGGAAAGUCUGUCCCUACACAAAGACCAAUAGCACCACCUCGUUCUAGGAAAACUGGCUGGGGUGAUGAAUUGAAAAGUGCCAAGUCAAAGACAGCAUCAAAUAUUAUUGAACAGGAACGUUUUCGAGCAUUAGAGAAGGAGGAGUUAGAAGAUGAUAUUCCUGUAAUACCAGAUUUGGAUGAAAUUCAGGAAGAUAAUAUUUCACCUGAAAUUGCAAGUGCUCCUACGUGA